AGCGCGUGCCGUGAGCACACACUGUCAGUCAAGCGUCUCCAGAGCAACAGAUUUUUAAGGCUCAUACGGAAAGUCCUGCAGAAAAACAUGAAUCUGAGUCCACCUGAACAAAGCAUGCACAAACCGAGCGACGGCAACAAAUCUGAGCACCUGCUCCCUUGCUUUCGCAGAAGCACGUACGACGAGCCUCUCGCUUCCUACCACAACGGCUCCAUUAUAUCUCACCUCCUGCGCAAAACCAUUCACAACAAACUGACCUCCCUCGACAACAACCUCCUGUACCUGCCCUCCGAGUCCAACACAACUGAUGAUUUCGCUCAAGAGGACCAGAGCAGCAGCGAGGACCUGUCGGCGAGCGCAGACGUCGAGCGGCCGUUGAGCGAACACCUCCAGGCCAAACGUGCCCGGGUGGAGAACAUCAUACGAGGCAUGGCAGGGUCGCAAGGAGAGGCGGAGAGGGACUGCGAAGUCGCUCGCUCUAGACGAGACAAACGCAAGCAGAGGCUCCCGCUGCACCAGGAACCCGACGUCCGACCGAAGACCAGCAAAGACGAAGAGUGUCACAAACUCAAGGAGCAGCUCCAAAGCAUGCAGCGACUCCUGCAUCAGCUCCAGGAGAAGAUCUCCCAUGUGUACGACCAGAACUAUUUGGAGAACGAGGAACGAGGUGGAUCAGACCAACCGAGUUUGAGCGAAAACCACCACCAGGUUAAAGUGGAAAACAGCGACAGGGCGGUGAAGAACCUCCAGGAGACUCUUAAAUGCGAGCUGACCAGGACUGUGAGCGAAAGCAUCGAUAUGGUCUUCAAGAAACUCUCAACGACCCUACCGAAUCAAUCGCCUCAGAGUCCAGAGUCCUCAGAAACCCAGAAGCCAAGCCAAGACGAUUCCCCUUCAGAGCUGUCGGACACGGAGGAAGUCGCCAAGUCUCACUUCGAGAGCCCAGAACACCAAACCGAAGCCUUAUCCUUAGUGGUCCGUAAACCUUCCCCAACCCAGCUAAUCCCGGGUGUAAAGAGACCCUACCCGCUCCACCAGAGUCCAUUCCAGUUCGGCUACAACGCUCCUCUGCACGACAGCCAGAUCCUGGAGCACCUUUUGAAGUACGGACCGCAUUCGGCCUUCUCCGGACUGCCCUGUCUGCCUGCUUCCCUGGAGAGAUCGACGCCAGACUCCAUGGAGCAUUCGUGGGAAAGCGUCGCCAUGAGAUCCAAGGGGCAUCUGGCUCAGCAACACCAUCGCGCCGGACCUCCCGGACUAGUCGCUGUAGACGCGCUCUGCCUCCCGCACGUCAAGAUGGAGUGUGGAGAUCUGCAGAGCAUGGCUGAGAGAAGCUCCUUCAUGUCGCUCAAUAUUCAGGAAGGUCUGACCCCGAACCAUCUGAAGAAAGCCAAACUGAUGUUCUUCUACACACGCUACCCAAGCUCGAACUUACUCAAGAACUUCUUCCCUGAUGUCAAGUUCAAUCGCUGCAUCACGUCCCAGCUGAUCAAGUGGUUCAGUAACUUCAGAGAGUUCUACUACAUCCAGAUGGAGAAGUUUGCUCGUCAGGCCAUCAUAGAUGGCGUUAACGAUGUGAAAGACAUAUCCAUCACCAGAGAGUCCGAGCUGUUCCGCGCCCUCAACAUGCACUACAACAAAGCCAAUGACUUCCAGGUUCCUGACAGAUUCUUGGAGGUGGCUGAAAUCACACUUCAGGAGUUCUACAGCGCCAUCUCCCUGUCCAAAGACUCCGACCCCUCCUGGAAAAAAGCCAUCUACAAGGUCAUCUGCAAACUAGACAGUGACGUUCCAGAGGAGUUCAAAUCACCUUCCUACCUGUAAACAGAGAGCGCCACCUACAGGACUCUUUAUGUGUGGCCGCACGCCCUUUAUUUAUCAUGAGUGUCAGUCACAAAUGUUUCUUUUUAUAAGUGAACUGUCAGCUUUAUAAACAAAUCUAAAUAUAUAUUCUAAAUA